UACUACAACAUUCACACAGUUUAGUUCUCUCACUAUUUGAAUAUUGCCCCCAUCAUAUUGAUAUGAUUACCGUAGACUUUCUCCAUCUCCCACAUGAAUCACAUGGACAGUUGUUCUCAAUAAUUUUCUUGUUUCAACUGAGGCCGGUUUUAAGAUUACAAUCUUCAGAUAACCUGUACGCCAUUCUUGCAUCUUGCAGAGUUCAGUUGUACAAAAAAGAAGUAUAACAAUGCUGAAGAAUGCCAGUUCUUUAAGUAGUAGUUUUUCGAGGAAGAGCAGAGAGAGACUGCUGGAUCUUGGAAGCUUGGAAAGCCAAUAUGAAGAGACCGGUCGAUGCAUGUGUUUGACAAGUGCUAUAUGCGAUAAAUUCACUCAGUAUUUUAAAGAUUUUUCCAGGAGAGCAUUGGAGAUGGGCAGGAACGAUCCUCGGAAGAUCAUGCACGCCAUCAAGAUGGGGUUAGCAUUGUCGAUAGUGUCGUUGCUCAUUUUCUGGAAAGAGCCCUUUCCUGAUGCAGCUCAGUAUUCGAUAUGGGCAAUUCUGACGGUGAUUGUCAUGUUUGAAUUCAGUAUAGGAGCAACCUUUAUAAAAGGAUUCAACCGUGGCCUGGGGACGUUUUGUGCUGGAGUACUUGCGUUUGGUUUUGGGAAAUUAGCCUUGUCGGUUGGCAAAGGGGAAGAGAUAGUAAUUGUCACAAGCAUUUUCCUCAUAGCUGCGAUCGCUUCAUACUUGAAACUUUAUCCAGGCAUGGAGCCAUAUGAGUAUGGAUACCGUGUUUUUGUGUUGACUUAUUGUAUCCUGAUGAUGGCUGGAAACAGGAAUAGCGAUUACACUGAGGUGGCUUUGACACGAUUAAUGCUUAUUGCACUAGGCGCCGUUAUCUGUUUUAUCAUAAACAUAUUUAUUUACCCUAUUUGGGCUGGUGAAGAUUUGCACCGAUUGGUGGUCAAGAAUUUCAAGGACCUUGCAACUUCUUUAGAAGGCUGCAUUAAGGGGUAUUUGCAGUGUGUGGAAUAUGAGAGGAUCCCCUCGAAAAUAUUAACUUACCAGCCCUCUGAUGAUCCACUAUAUAGUAGCUAUAGAUCAGUCCUUGAAUCCACAGGUCGAGAAAAUACACUGCUAGGAUUCGCCCUCUGGGAGCCGCCUCACGGCCGCUAUAAGAUGCUACAUUAUCCAUGGAGAAACUAUGUCAAAGUAAGUGGUGCACUAAGGCAUUGUGCAUCCAUGGUCAUGGCGCUUCACGGUUCCCUCCUCUCGGAAAUUCAGGCGCCACCAGAAAAGAGACAUGUUUUUGCCAGUGAACUCCAGAGGGUCGGGGAAGAGGGUGCUAAAGUAUUGCGCCUACUGGAGAGCAAAAUUGAGAAGAUGGAGAAGUUAGACAAGGAUGAUAUACUUGAACAAGUACAUGAGGCAGCCGAGCAGUUGCAGAAGAAGAUAGACAAGAAGUCAUAUCUUCUAGUGAAAUCCGAGAGUUGGGAAAUAGGUAAGCGCUCUCAGGAGUUACCAGAUCUUGGCCUUCCCCAUGAAAAUGAAAGUAUAGGAUUGGAUUUUGGCUUCAGGUCACUGAGUGAAACAAUACUAGACAUGAGAUCAAUGCCAAUAGUGACAACAAAUUGGCCAACUAAAGAAUUUGCAAAGCCUACUUUAAGGAGGCAAACAGCAUGGCCUUCGUGUUUUUCGCUUGAUGGAGAAUCGAUAAUCAAAGAGGAUGAGGCGAGAACAUAUGAAAGCGCAAGCUCUUUGUCUUUGGCCACUUUUGCAUCCCUUCUAAUUGAAUUUGUCGCAAGACUUCAGAAUCUUGUUGAUGCCUUUGAAGAACUAAGUGAAAAGGCGAAGUUCAAAGAAGUGAUCACAAGCCAAUCAGCUGGAACGAAGGAUGCGGGGUCAUGGUUUAGGCAGCUAAGGGAUAAAUUUCCAACAAUGUAAUAGCUGUACUGAUACUUGAAAACACUUUAGCGUCUUGCACGGACAGAUGAACGUGAACAAAGUCAUGAUCUCAGCUGGGCUAUUUGCCACUUGAUGAAGCAUGCGGCUCGCAAAACUUGAUCGAUACAUAUCAAAUAUUCAUUCUCAUUGACUAGAUGAGCUUGGCAAUAUAUAGCUGAGCUAAGGCAAUAAUAAGUUAAAUUUAUGUUCAUGUCUGGUCCAAUUUAAAGAUCAACUCUAUUUGACUGGUUCAGGCACAGGGCUGUCUCAUCCCUGAACGUGUAUGCUUCAGCUUUCAGAGCUAUAUUCUGUCAAAAGGACUCUUUGCUUUCAGCAUAGCUCUACAUUCCCUGUAGGGGAUAAAUUUAACGUGUUGUUGCCCUGUGGAAGUCAUCGAAGGCACCUACUAAAGGGAUGAAGAUCUUGUCACCCCUUUUCUGCCGCUGAAAUUCUUGUACUGUGUGUUUCACAAAUAUGAAAAGCCAGUAGAAAAGGUAUUCAUGUGAGGAUUCUUGUUUCUGGACAUGAAAAGCCAUGGCUGAACUAUUCAUUUUGCCUGAUUUUUAUAUUAGAUAAGCCAAUGCAAUCGUGAAGGCUUCUAAUUCAGCUGUUACGAAAGACGAGUUAAUGAAUGGGACUAUUCAGAAUCGUGAAAGUGAAAUAUUAGGAAAAGGAAUUACUCAGUCAUGAUCUAGAGUUCAGACCAAUCAAAUUCUUACUUCUGGUCAGGAUUAUUUCGCCUGACUACCACCAUUUGCUAAUUUUCAUCCAAAUUUUCCCAAAACACGGUAUUGAUUCUCAACUCUUUAUUUUGCAUGCAUUGUGGCAAUAUCUAUGAUUUUUGAAUUAUAAAGUCUACCUUAAAAUGCUUUUGUUGCGCCAACAGAGGAAACACAUAAAAGAAGAUUUUGAAAAGACAAAAGGAUCACAGUCAAGUGGGAUUCAAAAAUUGUACAAAUUAUGGCCGGAAGUAAAGUUUUUGUACACAGCAUUGCUUAAAAGUUUUCGGCAUAUGGUCUUUGCUUUGGACAUGGAUGGAAGUUUGGAGUUCAAUAUGUAAGGCAACAUUAACCAAAUCUAUCGUCAGCUGUUUUACUUCGUUUUUGCCUCAACUACUUUUUCCUGAGGAAUUACAUUAAUUAAUUAUAGUACAAAAUCUUCUUGAUG